UGGCAACUGCGGUCACGCAGUCAAAUGGGAGAAACUGUGGAACAUCUCUCGUUCUCGCUCACCGUAGGCCUUGAAGGUGAGCCCAAUCCUUCGAAAUCAUUCCCGCGAUAAACCCCGCUCAGUUGGAGUUGAGAAAGACGCUGCAACAACUUGUACGCCGACAGAAGACCUUUUGUGACGAGAAAGGCAUGCCGCGCAAAAAUGCCUCGGGCAGCGUGUCGGCGAGUGCGCGGCAGAUGGCGGCUGCUGGUGCGAGCUCCACGGGCCGGGUGACCAGCAAAGAAGAAGAGCAGAUCGGAGAGAGCCUUCGAACGAUGCCGGGCGGUGGUCACUACGCUGCUCGCCGACGCCGCGGUGCAACGCUGCGCCAAGGUCGGGGGGCCGUCGCAAAUUCUUGGAGGUCUCGGCAGAAUCGCUACCAGGACAUGCAGGACGCCCUGGAUGGAAACGGGGACGGAGAGAACUUUGUGGAAGACGCUACUGGACCCAAGGUAACCGUGUUCCCUGAUGCGCGGCCUUCUGCGGUUUUCGCAGGGAAACUGGGGGCGCCGUUGGGUCCAGAGGGUGAAUACGCAUACCUUCUGGGUGCCUGAAUACGCGUUACAUUUUCAGCGCAGGACCUCGUCUGACCCUGGAGCCUCUCCUGAGCGCGACCGCAACAGCGGCUGCAAGUGCCAAGCCGGCUGCAGGUGCUCAUCUGCAGCGGUGGGAUGCUCGGAACAGCCGGCAGCUAAGAUCGAACCAGAAGGGCCGAAAGAAAUUGAAUCUGCUUGUAACAUUUACCCGUACAGCAUCUGCGACGACUGUCGUGCCCGCCUCGGCAAGGAGUUCGACGGCCGAGCGGAAAGCUGCGCCAUGGCUCUCUUGGAGCUCCGCUAUGGUGCGGCCGCUUGCGAAACAAGCCUGAGCAGCGGCGACGGCACCCACCACGGUGAACGAGAGGCACCGAUGGAGAACUUGUCAGGUCCCAGUGUGCCUCCCAACGAGAGCAGUGUGAGUCACACCUCGCCAAAGCCGCUGCGCCUAGCUCAGGUCUCGCCGGCUGCCGGCGAUGCAGAUCAGGCCAUGGUGUCUCUACUCAAGGGGGUGGCUAAACGCCGCCGAAAGUGCUCCUGUGGCGCCGCAGGUACGUCGGCCAACUGCAAGAACUGCUGCACGCCGAACGCAGCUACCUCUGGCCCCACUGGUCGGUCGGCCACCGUUUCGAGACCCAGCACGUCCGCCGCGGCCCGCUCAACCACAACUCUGAUGAUUCAACUGCCUGCCAGAAGCGAUGAUCCCAACAGCAACGCUCCAUCCCUCGCCACUCCGGUGUUCAUUCUCCCUGCCGUGGUGAUUCCCGCGGAGCCACACAAGUCUUCCGAAAACGAAGACUGCCCGAGUCGCGAAUGAAAGGUGAAGCGUUUGGACGACUCCGUCGAGGAGGUGCGGAGAAAAAAAAAAAAAGCAAAUCGUUCAUGAAGCAGGAAGUGGUGGAACUUUCCAGCUUGUUCAGAGGUGGACGAAACGGGAGCUUCAAUGUCCUUUUUUUCUCCAUUUUCUUUUUGUCAGUCUCUUUCUAAUAAAGGUCAGUUGGCCCGGUGAA